GCGAAUAUCAUUGCGCGGGGUUGCUAAGGGUGAAACUUUUCAUUUACUUUGCUCACUUUGGGCCAGGGAGCGGGUGGCUUCAGGUUCCCUGUGGAGGGAGGGAGGGAAGGAAGAAGGGAGGCCCGAGCCAACAUCGGCUCACUGCACUUCUGAUUUGCUCUGUAGAAGGAGGUAAAAUACUUAAUCAGCAUCCGUUUAAUUUAAACAAAAUCGAACGCCCACCAUCGUAUCAGCACUUGUGAAAAAAAGAAACUCUCAAGAAACACCCUGGAAAGAAAAGAAGCCACCAAACCAUCUCACCUGGUGCUGAAACAAAAAAACAAAAAAAGAGAAGAUUGAUUGGAGCCAAAUUUUGUCUAUGUUUGUAUCUUUUGUCUAUUUUUAAUAUACUGCCCCAACUUGCUUGCUGUGAAGGGAGUAUGCAGCUGGAGAUCAAAGUUGCCCUGAACUUCAUCAUCUCUUAUCUGUACAACAAGCUUCCACGGAGGCGGGCUGACCUGUUUGGUGAAGAACUAGAACGGUUGCUGAAAAAGAAAUAUGAAGGCCAUUGGUACCCAGAGAAACCUUUGAAGGGCUCUGGCUACCGCUGUGUUCACAUUGGGGAAACUGUGGACCCUGUUGUAGAAAUGGCAGCUAAGCGGAGUGGAUUGGCUGUGGAGGAUGUGCGAGCCAAUGUUCCUGAGGAACUGAGUGUCUGGAUUGAUCCAUUUGAGGUCUCCUAUCAGAUUGGUGAGAAAGGGUCUGUCAAGGUCUUAUACCUAAAUGACAGUGAGGGCUGCAGUGCAACUGAGCUGGACAAGGAGAUUAAAAGCAGCUUCAACCCUGAUGCUCAGGUGUUUGUCCCCAUUGGAAGCCAGGACAACUCCUUGUCUAACUCUCCAUCACCAUCUUUUGGCCAGUCACCCAGCCCUACAUUCAUCCCACGGUCUGCCCAGCCCAUUACCUUUACCACUGCCACUUUUGCUGCCACAAAGUUUGGCUCAACUAAGAUGAAGAAAGGUGGAGGAGCAGGAGCAAACACCAAUGGUGCAGGGGUUCCACAGCAGCAGCAGCAGCGCCUAGUCCGUUCUCCCACCAAUGGCUUGCUGAAACACAAAGGCCUUUCCCUGUCUAUGCAUUCUCUGAACUUCGUUGGGGGUAGUCCAGCCCCUCAGUCUCAGCUGUCCCCCAAUGCCAAGGAGUUUGUUUACAGCGGUGGAUCACCAGGAGCCAGCAGCCUCUUCUUUGAUGGUGUAACCACUGAAAACCAGGCAGGUGUCAUUCCUUCUGCAUCCCAGUUCGGUGCCAGUGGUGGCAGCAGCAGCAGCAGCUUUGACAUGGCUCAGGUGUUUGGUGGAAGUACCAACAGCCUAUUUCUGGAGAAGACACCCUUCGUGGAAGGACUCAGCUACAAUCUGAACGCCAUCAGCCAGUAUCCCAGCCAGUCGUACCAGCCAGUGGUUUUGGCCAACUGACCACCAUGAGAGUAUUCUGGGGAAAAUAACUUCCAAAAAAAGAGAGGAAAAAAAAUAGUAAUAUUUGAAAUCUUAUAAGUAUAGCUUCUUGGAAAGAGACAAAUCCUGAUUCAUUUUGUCAUGCCAGGGAACGCUGCUGAAGCACUAAUUAUUUUUUUAAAACUUGCAUCCUGUACUCUUUCCUACCCAUUGUAAAUUUAAUGAGGGAGGUUAUUCUUCUUGGCAAAGAAGUUGUGGGAACCAGAGUCACUUUAUGAUCUCCUGUGCUGCUUCUUGGAAUUGGUUCUCAAAUGCUUGUGGUAAGGAUGGCCUUGAUGAGAAUGCUCUUGUGCCCCUUAUUUUCCCCCAUUUUGGAGUAGCCUGGGGUGAGGAUGGGGAAAUGGAUUUAGACACCUUCUGGAUGUGUGAUGUCUCAAGUAUUCUGGGAGGUGGGGAGGCUUGGAACUUGAAUCUUUACAUGAGAUGGGUAGCAUAGAUGGUGGAAUAAAAACAUUCACUUACUGUACCUCUCAUCAUUCAUAUUGCUAUUACAGAAUGAGAAUAGAACAAAGUUCUCAGCUGCAGCUUUUUUGUCUGUACUAACUGGUAACGGCAAGGUCUUAACACUGAACAUGCUACUUCCCUAAAAGUUUCUCUUAACUCUGGGUGUGUGUGUGUCCUGGGUCAGCAUUGUAGUAUCUGGGACAGAUUUUUUUUGUUUUGUUUUUUGCAUUGCGUUCUCCUCAUUUUUGCCAACACCCUUAAGAGUCCAGGGAGAAGUGACUUCUUUGGGAAACUCAGACCUGGUGUUAUUUACUGUUGCUGUGAUAUAUAAAAAGGACUCUUCAUACAAACACUUUGAUCUGUGCACAUUACAGUCUUUCAUGAAUAGGAGUGAAUGCUGGGUGUUCUGUGCCUGAACAGCCCAUCUUUAUUUUCCACUGAUCCAUGCAUUUUGGUUGUAUGGGGUUUUGAGCAUUCUUUUAACAUCUGAGCUUGUGGGUACUUUUUCUUGUGGACAAGAUGGUUUUCUUGAUUUAGAAUACUAUAAAGCACUAUGUGUGGCCAGGAAGAGGGAGUUAGUGCAAAUUUCUCUCAGGAUGGGUGACAUGAGGGUUUGCACAUUGAAUUUUGUGUCUCUUAGGAUGUUUGACCAAAAACUUAAUGAUUUUCAUUUGAAAGGAAGCAGGUAUUCCUGUACAGAAGAGUACCUUACAUAUCAAGUCUAGCAUGGAUUUGUUCCAUCUCAAGACUGCAAGGGGGUGAGGCAAGCUUGCUGGAGAAUUUCCAGAUGACUUAAGCUGUGGCAAAAAGAAAUUGUUUUUUGAACCAAGUGCAGAGUCUGUUCUUUGUUGCAGUUACAGUAAACUAGAAAUUGUACUGAUAUUCCCUGCAUUUCCCCUUUUCAGUAGGAUGGGAGAACUUGGAAAACAGGGACGGUAGUGGCCUUCAUGUAGGGUAUUUGCAGUUAUGUUGACAGAAAUCUGCCUUUUGCAGCAAACCUUUCCCCAUCUAUCUUUUGUGAGAUAAUUACCAAACCCCAAAGAUCACCUAGCUACAAUAAGGUGUGAGAUGUUGUUUGAAGCACAGAUGGGCAGUGCCCAUCUUGUGGGCCAUUUGAACUGUGUUUUGCAGUGGGAAAAGUGUUCCCCUGCUGGAUUUGCCAUUGCUGCCAAAAUUGGUUGUAGUGAGCACCACAGCACCAAAAAUGCCUUUUUUUCUCUCUGCACCACCACCCUUUUACAGAAAUUCCUGUAAUUCCACUAAGAAAUAAGGUGUGUGCUGAAUACAUGCCUUGUUUCAUAAUGGUAGUCCAGUCCCAGACUGUUUGAAAACCAGCACUUUUGAUGGUUGUACCAGCAGAAGAUUUGGCAGCAGAGGAAGAAUGUGGCUGCUGGAAGAGCAGUGUAGUCCCUACUCUGAAGAAAUGGCCCACCUCUGUUCUAGCAAGUUUCUGUACGAGCAGUGAAGAUGGGUAGAACAGAGGGCUACAGACUCUGGUUCAGCAUACUUUCUCCUUUGUAUGUCCACCACGGAAUGGUUAGAGUGUAUGAAGUCCUGUUUUUAUAAUUUGUCCAGCAAAGCCAUACUGAACAGAUAAAUAAAUACUAGUCUACUCUUUCAGAACCCUCCCAGAAACUUUUAUGUUUCUCAUCUUGCCCCAGAUCUAAACUGUGGAUUUGUGUAGGAUUAUAUAUGAGCUUCACCUGCCAUAAAUAUCUGCCUCCCAAUGUGAAGGAUAAUGAUCUUUGAUGCACUAGAAAUCAUUGGUGGAACUCAAGAGAAAGAUCUCCUGCACAGCCUACAUUGUGCAAUGGGUGUGCAGUACAUCUUUUCUCAAGGUGCACCAAACUUGAGGUUGUUUUUUUUUCAUUGCUCCUGCACCUCCCGUUUGCUGGGCGGAAGAAAAGGACACUAAACAUUAUCUCAACAUUCUACCUAUUUUCUGUAAUCCAUUCAAUGUUGAGGGAAGGCACUGUUGGGUAAGAACAUGGUGGGUAAAAUUUCUUAGGACUGGUAGUCCAAAAUCUGAGUGAGACAUUUUGGAGUUGUAAAGAAAAGUAAAAAAAAAAAAAGAUCACA